CUGUGAGCGGUUAACGUCUCUCUUUUUACUUUCUGCUUUAAUUGCCGUUUGGCUUUGGGUCCGAACCUAAAUAAAUUCGACCGUUGCAACCGAGCCUAAUUUUUCAAAAGGACUACUCCGCCACGAAAAACGAAAAUCACCUCGCCCAACCUUCUCUCUCUCUAGAAAUGGUGUCCAAAGUAGUGAAAAGAACCCCCACAAAAUCCCUCAAGAACCGGAAAAACCUUCCCUACCCCUAUUCCCACCGCCGCAGCCGCAAGAAGUCCCCGAUCAAGAACGCCGCCGCCGCUGCCGUCGCCUCCAUCAACAAGUCCAUCUUCACCUGCCACCGCCGCCUCAUCAAGAUCUUCACGAAGCUCGCCCGCAUCGCCACCCCCAACAAAACCCCUCGCAAGAAGGGCUACAAGAUUCUCGAGAAAACCCCCUCAAAUCCCCCCUCCGCCGUGCGACGAUCUCUCUUCGACGACAAAAUCACGCUCCCUCCACCGCUCCCGCCCCACAAAAACACCAUAUUCCUCGACCUCGACGAGACCCUCGUGCAUUCCACGGCCACCGUGCCUCCGGAGAGGUACGAUUUCGUGGUGAGGCCCGUGAUCGACGGCGAGAAGGCCGAAUUCUACGUCUUGAAGAGGCCCUUCGUGGAUGAGUUCUUGGCCUAUUUGAGUGGGAAAUUUGAGAUUGUCGUUUUCACCGCUGGGAUUGAAGAGUAUGCCUCUCUUGUUCUCGAUAAACUCGAUUGGAGGAAGGCCAUUUCCCACCGGCUGUAUCGCGAUUCGUGCAAGGCCGUUGAUGGCAAGUUUGUGAAGGAUUUGGGGGAGAUUGGGAGGGAGCUGAGCAGGGUGGUGAUCGUCGAUGAUAAUCCCAAUUCGUAUCAGUUUCAGCCGGAAAAUGCGAUUCCGAUUAGGCCGUUUGUGGAUGAUAUGGGCGAUGAGGAGCUGAGGAAGAUGAUGGAGCUGUUUGAAGGGUGUGAUUUAGGGGAGGAUUUGAGGGAUUUUGUUAAGGUUUUUGUUGGGGCUCAAAAAGUUUGCUAGUUUUUGGAGAUAGAUGAUUUUCUUGAUUCUUUUUGAGAGUUUUCGUUAGUUUGAGGUUUUUCUUGUUUAUCAGUGAUGUGUGUAUACAGAAUUGAACAGAUUGUGUUCAAUUUGAAGGUCAGGAGGGAAAUAUGGUUAUGAUUAUGGACUUAAAUUAUUUAUUUUA